GUGUUUGGUUUAUUUAAAUUAAUCUUUGAUAGAGUAAGAAACAGAUAAAAACCUCAAAUUAUAUCCAAAUUUAUUUUGUUAAAAUAUUCUAUACAAAAAAUGGACCCUAACUACUCUUCGUUCGCUCCGUUUUCCGGCUUUUCCUAUAUGCCCACACCCGAGGAGUACUAUCCUGAGAUGAGGGGCACCAUGCAGCGAGAGCAGCAGCAGCAGCAGCAAAGAGGUGACUUUGAACGGGAAUCCAGCCGAAUGUCCAUUCAACAGCCCCCUCAACCUCCUGUUGGAAAUCGGUAUUAUCCGCCCCAGAGGGCUAUGGACAUGUCCGAUGGCCUCCAAGCCAACUCCUACCAUCCGGCUCGCCAUCAAGCCAUCAGUUCUUCUGCCUAUCGCUGCAUGGUGCGGGAUCAAAAGCGAGCCAAGGAAAUGAUGUCCCGCAACGGGUUGUACUCUCCCUUUGAAAUCUCUGCACGUUUCAGUGGCGGCGAUGCGAGUUACUAUCCCAAAGAAGCCGAGGGCAACAGGCGAAUGGAUCCUCGUGGUGGAAAUUCUUUUUGGUAAUUCUUUGUAGACAUAUCAUCUGGUGUUUCUUUAUUUUAACUAGUUUGUAGUACAAUGUAAAAAAUAAAAUUGAAAGUAAAACGUA